AUGAGGGAGGGAAAGAUUUUUGGUCGGCGGGGAGCGGCUCUCCACUCGAAACGGACCACGGUAGGGAGCUCCCACAGCAGCGUAAUCCACGCCAUGGCUGCCAUUCAAGCGCCGACUACAGCCUACGUCUCCUUCAUUAGGCUUUACAGUUACCUUCGCCUGUCCCCCGUUCUAGCUAGAGAAUCAAUUACCCAGCCGCCCACAGAACUGAGAGAGAUGGGAUAUGAAAGUGAAGGGUAA